ACGAGGACGAGGACGAGCCGAAGGCGGCGGCGGUCAGACAUGGCGGCCGACCUGAACCUGGACUGGGUCUGCUCGCUGCCGCGCUCGUGGACGUACGGCAUCACGCGCGGCGGCCGCGUCUUCUUCAUCAACGAGGAGGCCAAGAGCACCACCUGGCUGCACCCGGUCACCGGCGAGGCUGUGGUCACCGGCCACCGACGGCACAGCACAGAUUUGCCAACCGGCUGGGAAGAAGCAUAUACUUUUGAAGGUGCAAGAUACUAUAUAAACCACAAUGAAAGGAAGGUGACCUGCAAACAUCCAGUCACAGGACAGCCAUCUCAGGACAAUUGUAUUUUUGUAGUGAAUGAACAGACUGUUGCAGCCAUGACAGCUGAAGAAAAGAAGGAACGACCUAUAAGUGUGAUCAAUGAAGCUUCUAACUACAGCAUGGCUUCAGACUAUACAGUACAUCCCAUGAGCCCUGUGAGCAGAACUUCACGUGCUUCAAAAAAAGUUCAUAAUUUUGGAAAGAGGUCAAAUUCAAUUAAAAGGAACCCUAAUGCACCUGUGGUCAGACGAGGCUGGCUUUAUAAACAGGACAGCACGGGCAUGAAGCUGUGGAAGAAGCGCUGGUUUGUGCUCUCCGACCUCUGCCUGUUUUACUAUAGAGAUGAGAAGGAGGAGGGCAUUCUGGGGAGCAUCCUGCUGCCCAGCUUCCAGAUCGCCAUGCUCGGCGCCGAGGACCACAUCAACCGCAAGUUCGCCUUCAAGGCAGCCCAUCCAAACAUGCGGACCUAUUAUUUCUGCACUGACACAGGAGAGGAGAUGGAGCUGUGGAUGGAAGCCAUGCUAGAUGCUGCCCUAGUACAGACAGAACCUGUGAGAAGAAUUACCUUUAACUUCCGAGUGGACAAGGUUACAGCGGAAAGCGCACCAUCUAAAGAAACCAAUAAUAUUCCCAACCACAGAGUGCUAAUUAAACCAGAGGUCCAAAACAACCAAAGAAACAAGGAAAUAAGCAAAAUUGAAGGAAAAAAAGCCUUAGAAGCUGAAAAAUACGGAUUUCAGAAGGAUGGUCAGGAUAGACCCUUAACCAAAAUUAAUAGUGUGAAGUUGAAUUCUCUGCCGUCUGAGUAUGAAAGCGGGUCAGCACGCCCACCUCAGACUGCACACUACAGACCCGACAAUGUGACUAGCUCAGAGAAUAGAACCACCAGUGUCAGCUUGACAGAUGGCAGAGGUGGAAGCCACCCAAAUACAGGGCCCUUGCCCUCAGAGGCUGAGCGCGUCCUUCAGAGAACAGACUCCAUGCAGCAGCUGGAGCAGUGGAUUAAAAUCCAGAAGGGGAGGAGCCAUGAAGAAGAAAGCAGGGGAAUAAUUUCCUACCGAACAUUGCCAAGAAAUAUGCCCAGCCACCGAGCUCAGACUAUGGCCCGCUACCCUGAAGGUUACAGAACACUCCCAAGGAACAGCAAGACCAGGCCUGAGAGCAUCUGCAGUGUGACUCCUUCCAGUCACGAGAAGAGCGCAGGGCCAGCGGCAGAAGAGAAGCGGAGGUCCAUGAGAGAUGACACCAUGUGGCAGCUCUACGAAUGGCAGCAGCGUCAGUUUUAUAACAAGCAGAGCACCCUCCCCCGACACAGCUCCCUGAGCAGUCCUAAAACCAUGGUGAAUAUCUCUGACCAGACAAUGCACUCCAUCCCCACGUCACCUUCCCAUGGGUCCAUAGCUGCUUACCAGGGGUACUCCCCACAGCGGACAUACAGGUCUGAGGUCUCUUCGCCAAUCCAGAGAGGAGAUAUCACGAUCGACCGCAGGCACAGGACGAACCACCCCAAGCAUGUCUAUGUGCCUGAGAGAAGGUCAAUGCCACCUGGUCUCACGUUACAGUCUGUUAGUCCUCAGAGUCUCCAAGGUAAAACGCCAGAGGAGCUUACGCUGCUGCUAAUAAAGCUGAGAAGGCAGCAAGCUGAACUGAGCAGUGUCCGGGAGCACACCCUAGCGCAGCUCACGCAGCUGAAACUCGAGGCCCACAGCCCAAAGAAUGAAAUUCUCUCACAGCAUCUUCAAAGGAACACCAUAUAUUUGGACCAUCAGAUGAAAGAAAAUGAACCUAUUAUCUCCAUGGUUCACACAAUGAUUGAGAACUCGGCGCUAAGACCACAACUGUACCAGCAAUUCUUAACACAGAAGAAGAAGAUAAGUCUAUAUUGUCUGUCACAAGAUGAAUGUAGAGGCACAUUAUACAAGUAUAGACCUGAAGAAGUCGAUGUGGAUGCCAACUUGAGCCGGUUAUGUGCGCAAGAUAAGGUGGUCCGCGCCCUGGAAGACAAGCUGCAGCGGCUGCACCGGGAGAAACACACGCUGGAGCAGGCCUUGCUGUCGGCCAGCCAGGAGAUAGAAAUGAACGCGGAUGACCCGGCAGCCAUUCAGACCGUGGUGGUGCAGAGGGACGAUUUGCAGAAUGGGCUGCUAAGCACAUGUCGUGAGCUCUCUCGAGCCACUGCUGAGCUGGAGCGGGCGUGGAGAGAGUACGGCCGGCUGGAGUGUGACGUCGCCGCCACCAGGAGCCAGGCGCAGGAGCGGCUGGAGCGCCUCGGCGACGUGCAGACGGAGUCAGCAGGAAUCCAACGGGCUCAGAUUCAGAAAGAACUGUGGAGAAUUCAGGAUGUCAUGGAAGGGCUGAGCAAACACAAACAGCAAAGAGGCUUUUCAGAAGCAGGUUCGGCAGGGUCGAAGCCAUUCUCAACAGUUCCAUACAGAAGUGAGGAAGGGGAAGUAGCCCCGCCUCGGCCUCCACUUCCUCGGUCUUAUGACUUUACAGAGCAGCCUCCCAUAGUCCCCCCUCUGCCCAGUGAUAGCAGCUCCUUGCUCUGUUAUAGCAGGGGCCCAGUGCAUCUGCCUGAGGAAAAGAAGAGUCAUCACGUUCAAGGAUAUCCAAGAAAUGGAUCUCACUGUGGUCCAGAUUAUAGACUUUACAAAAGUGAACCAGAGUUAACUACAGUGGCCGAAGUUGAUGAGUCUAAUGGAGAAGAAAAAGCAGAGCCUGUUUCUGAAAUGGAGACACCAGUUGUUAAAGGCUCACACUUUCCUGUGGGAGUAAUCCCUCCGAGAACGAGAUCACCAACACCCGAGUCCUCCACGAUAGCGUCCUAUGUGACCUUGAGGAAAACAAAGAAGGUUGUAGAUCUAAGAACGGAGAGGCCAAGAAGUGCAGUGGAGCAGCUUUGCUUGGCUGAGAGCGCCCGGCCUAGGAUGACUGUGGAGGAGCAGAUGGAGAGGAUUAGGAGACAUCAACAGGCCUGCCUGAGAGAGAAGAAGAAAGGAUUAAGCGUCACUGGUGUUUCAGACCAGUCACCCUUAACAAGUCCUUCAGAUGUGUGCGAUAAUACAUGCAGGGUUGCUCAGGCUCGAAGGAGGGAAGAUAACUUGAAGGAUGUGGAGGCUGUCUGCAGGGAAAACGAUGUAAAGACUAACCACGAGGCUCCAGCAACAGAAACUGUUCGGCUGAGAGAAGCUGGACCCCAAAGUGCAGAUCCCAGCACACAGUUUAAAAGAACUGAAAGUAUUUUUUAUGAAACGCUUUUCACACCUGAGCCAAAUGGAAUAACUCCAGAUAUGAUGGAUAAAGAAAGAAUGAAAGAAAAAAUACCUGAAGAUGAUACAUGCAGCCCUCAAGUGGAGACAGAUGUGACAAAGCAUCCAGCAGAAGGCGACCCUGUGGAAGACCUGGAGUGUGGUCUUCAUGACCAACGCAAAGCCACUGCUUCUUACGAGCCCGCCCCCGAGAGGUCAAGAGAGGACCCAUCACCAACAGUGAAAAGUCUGUCCUCUCCUGAGUGCUCGGCAUCCGCAUCGCCAGAUCCGCCCGCUGCGCCACAGCUCACAGAAGGAUCGCACUUCAUGUGUGUGUAGUCAACUCUACUGACCUCUGUUGAAACCAUACAGAACUGAAGGUAUGGGCCUUCAGCAGCGUGAGGAGAAACUGGACAGUCGAUUUUAAAUCUAUGAAAUUCAUAGUGCUGAUGCUUGACCAGAGCAUCGUUUUAUCACUUUUGGAAAAUGUUUAUUCCAAAACAGCUCUCCUGGCUCAUGUGUGUACUCCGUGAUGUCAAGGUUAUCAUUCUGACACCAGCUUGCUGCUAUGACUCCAGAGCACAUCAGUCAAGGUGCUUCUUAACAUGCCGUCUAGAGCCGGAUCCCACUUAGUUGCUGAUUUCCACACUCUGAUGUUUAAGUCUAAACAAGCUUACAUUUCUUUUUGCGUUUCAGUAAAGUUACAAUUUCCAAAGAAGCUUGUUUUCUUUCUUCUCUUUUCUUUCCAUUUGGCUACUGCAGUGCUUUGUUUGACACUUAAUUUGUACAAAUUUUAUAUAAAUAUAUUUAAAAAUGUGCCAUUUAUUACUACUAAGUGAAAUAUGUCCUGUUUUCUGCUACCACUCUUUCUCAGCCAGUCAGAUUGCAACGUCAGCAGUUACCACCACCACGCUCUUGUCAGCUUAACACACGCUACUGCUUUUACCUUUACUUUAAAAAGUUACGUGUAGGUAUUUUGAAGUACUGGACUUACUCGUCAUCGGGGAGAUGCGCACAGCGACAGCGGGCCCAGCUCAGCACUUCGCGUGUGUACAAAUGUAAUUACGUUCGUUGUGCACGUGGGGUACAAUGAGCACGUGCACAAAUGAGGUGAAGCUUCUUACUAUCAUCCAAAUGCAAGCGCUCAUGUCUCAUUUAUUUUUUAUCAUGUUAAAUAAAUGUUGAUGUUCUUAAA